GCCACCGAGGUGCGGGCCGAGGAGGGCGAGCGUCCGGGGGAAGGGACUCGCAGGCCAGCGGAGGACAGAUCGCUGCUAUCCCUGCCCGGCUGGGCAGCGCGGUCCUGAGAGCCCAGGGCCCCUUCUGGGACUCGCCCAUUUUUAUGAGAUUCCGGUUCAGGGCUGCUCCCCACCCCAGGGGUGCCAUGGCGCUGCCUAGGAAAGUUGGUCCGAGAGCACAGGUGGCACCGAGGUGCUUGAGGGGAGAGAGGGAAGUGCCACCCUGGUUUCAGGUACUGACAUAUUGGCCUCGAUUCCCCCAACCCAAAAAUCAGUGCUUGCCUUUAGGAUGACUCCCAUCUAUGGAACCCAGGCUCAGAAGGGGGUAGGAAGCGGGUGGAAUAUUAUUAAUAUUCAUAAUAAGAAGAAUUAAAGCUUACAUCAAGGGAGAAAGGGGCAUCCCAGUCCAAGUUUUAAAGGGGUUAUAACCCAGCAGCCUUAAAGGGGAAACUUGGGGCUGAGCAAACUGGACCCCUUCCGGCAGGAAAAGAGAAGGAAGCAGGACAGGAGGCACCCAGGCAGCUGAUUUGUGAGGGAAUGAUGCUCUUGUUAUUAUUGAGGUUAAUAAUGGUAACCUCUGGUAUGGCUGGGUCAGCCUGGAGAGAUGAUUUCUAAGCAAUCCUUUCUCGCAGAGGCUUCUCUAGAGAGAAGUCAAGGGUUCCCCAACUUGGUGAUGAUGGGGAGAAUAAAAUAAAGACCUUCCUCUCUCCCCCUUUCCUCUCCCACUCCUUGAGGAUUCCAGCAAAAAGGGAACCUUAUAAAAUCUCCACGCCUCCCAUCAUCGUCCUCUGCUCUCGGUCAGUUCACUAAAACGCACUGUCUUUGGGUGCUGGGCUUUGUGGGGUGUCUUUUUUACGAAGUUCCGCAGACAGUCACCAGACCAAGUCCCCAUGAAUUCCAUCUCUGACCCUGGAGGAGACCCGGGGUUCCCUUGCUUGCUCCAUGGAGUUCUCUGUCUAUCCUUAAACUUUGCAGUUUCCGCCUUCUUUGGUCCUGGGCGCCUGACCCCAUGGGGUCUCUGGCAGCUCAGAGGCCACAAACAGAUGAGGGCAGACGCCCUCAUCCACCCCCGUAAGGGAUCGCAGCUUCCCAGCAUCACCUUCAUUCUGAGAGCACCAGGCCAGGAGCCUUCCCUAAAAGACCCUAAAGCCAGCUUCACUCCUGAAUCUUUCAAAACUGCAUUUAAACUCCUUUAAAAAUAAAAGUCCUUCCCCCACUAAAUAGCAAAGCUCGGGUCACAAAUCCCCAGGCGCGCAAGCUUCCUGCGCCCUUCCUCAGAAUUUGGACAACAACAAUAUUCAUAAUAAUAAGAAUUAAAGCUUACAUCUAGGGAAAAGGGAUAUCCCAGGCCAAGUUUUUAAAGGGGUUAUAAUCCAGCAGCCUUGGCCGGGAGUGGGGGUCAGUGAGGCCAGGAUGAGCAAAGAAGGGGGUGGGGAACCCAGCCUCUCCUAACUAACAAUUUCUCCAGCAUAAAAAUGAAACAUCAAAUUCGUUAGCCCAGGGCCUUCAUUUUUCCCCUUCCACAUUAUAACUAGUUAUUGAACUCACUGGAAGAUCUAAAGGCCAUUUGCGAAGAGACAAAUUUCAAUGGAGUUUCCCCAUCAAUAACCCCAUGGCAGUGACCUAUUGGAACAAGUCAAACACCCGAGGUGAAAUGCAGGUCACUCUGUCUAACCAAUAUUAAAAUGCGGCCACUUUUUAAAAAGCCACUUUAAACGAGAUUUGAGGAAAAUUGAAUUCCAAGGAAGGCAAGGCAAGGAGGAGGAAAUCCAUGAGAGGACCUUGCCUAUGGUCUAGGAACAAACAAGGGAAAUUUAUCUUUAAUAUUUUAAAGGGGGGCAAAUUAACAUUCCAUGAUUGCUUUUUCCCCCUCCAAGACUAUAAGCGAUUCCAGGAGAGAGAGAGAGAGAAAAAAAAAGGUUGAGUAUUUUCUGGUGACACGUCCAGGUUAUUAAAAUCAUUUUAGACCAAUUCAUUACUUUUACUGACAAGAGAUUUAAGAAAAAAUCAAUUAAGCAUUUGCAUAUUCUUUUGCAUACAUUAGCCCUGCCUGCUGGCAUUAGAAAGGGACAAAACACACAUAUGUACAUUCAUACAUACACAGGGGGAAAUGGGAUGGGAGUCUUGCUUUAGUUUGGGGUUUUGAGGUAGUUUGAGGAAAAAAUAAAAAUAAAAUGAAUGAUCUGAUUGCAUACUAUCUAAAAGCCAAUUUAUUUCAGGAAGAAGAAAGAGAUAGGUUGCCGUUUUCAAUCUCUAAAAUAACAACAACAAAAAACCCACAUACAUACACUAAAAGCAAAACCCUGCACUUCUGUGAAAGGAAUGACUCUCAUUUUCCUUCUCUUUGCUUUCCAAAUCCUACAUGGUCCUCACAUUUAUUCUUCUCCCUAGGAAAAUUCAGGGAGUCUAAGAGGCGGAUUUUAAUGCAGCACAGAAUCUGUGGAGCCGCUGAGGUCUCUCAGCCGGCAGCGCGUUACUGGGGAGGGGAGGAAUAUGGGUUAUCCAACGGUCAGUAUGGUAAUCCGGGCACAAUAAGGCCUCGCACACAAUGGACACAUAUUUUUCUUCAGCGGUGUCAGAAGGGAAGCGCUUUGUACUGAAACAUGUUUCCAAAAGAGAAACCAGAUCGAGAUUUAGAAAGGAUAUAGGGUCGGGGGGUAUUCGGAGAGUGUUUAGAAGCUGGCAAAAGGUAGUCAGAAAAAAAAAUAAAAAAUAAAAUUGGGUCAGAGAGAGGUGGAGGGCAGAGCCAGUGGGAGAGUAGAGAGAUCCUUGGGUUGGCAAGGCCGGAUGCGGGAGGGUAAUGCACAAAAGGAGGCAGGACAGAGACUAGGCAGGCGUCAGUGAGGAGAGCCACUGCUGUAGUGCCCCCCUCUUCCCCCUCUCCGCCCCUCCCCCAUACACCCCCAAUUAAGCCAGUGCUAAGUGCAGGGUUUGAUUUCCGCACUGCUAACAAGUGAAAAUGUUUGUAUGUAUGUGUGUGGUGCAGUCUGGCUUGCUAUUUUCCUCGUGAGAUAGGCAACUUCCUUGCUAUUAAGCUAUAGAAGCCAGAAGAGAGGUGUUUUUUGUUUUGUUUUGUUUUGUUUUUGGUAAGUGAUAUAGAUAAAUGUGGGCAUAUUUGGGGGAAUCGCCCAGAUUUCUCUUUAUGAAUGUGCAUGUUGAAUUAGCUGUGCAAGCCUGCAAUGAGAACCACACAUAUAUCUGUGGCUGCAUAAGGAUGUAUUUAAUAUAUUAAUAAACAUUAGUAGUGUAUAUAUAUAUAUAUUUGUUAGCUGUAAUAACCAAAGACAGAUUUGACAUUUAGUUGGAGGCAUCUGAACUCUCUGUGUCUACUUACACAUACUGGCCUGAAGUGGUUUCCUUCUCCCACUCCCUCUGGCCACCUGCAGGAGCUCAGAAUCCUGGGGAGCAGGUUGGUAGGAUGUGGGGUGGACAGUGCCUUGGGAAAGACCCCCUAACAAGCCCGAGAGGGUAAGGAGACAGAAGAGGUGAGGACUGAGGUGGAGGCAGAGCUGGCAGAAGCUGAGUGUGAGGGCUGGGGGAAGGGGAGCCAGGCCAAGACCUCACAGGUCAGGUGGGGAGAAGGUAUCUGGGCCGGAUUGGGGUGGGGCAGCCUGACCCAGGAGCUGGCCUGGAAGGGAGGUUGGGGUGGGGCUAGGAGGCUUUCAGUGCCUUUAGCGCCCCUACCCCCCACCUGAGACUCCCCAGCGCUUUGGCUCUCCCCUGGGGGCAGCGGUUCAGACUUUCCUGCAGGUCAGCAUUCAGCUUUGGUUUCCUUUUGCCCCUCUUCUUGCUCUCACCCCACCGCCAAUAAUUACAAAAAAAUAAAACCCUCACUCACUCCACACCACUAUCAACCUUCCCCUCCUCAAAGUCUCACGUUCCUCUUCCAACCAAACCAGCCAGUCCUCACACUCAGAGGGUCCCGCACAGGAGUGGGGGGUCUGUGGACAUUUGGGAAUCUCCUCCAAGAGAUGGCACACCCCCAGGAAUUUCUGUUCCCUCACCCACCUGAUGGCAGGGGGCAGAGCAUCAUCUACUUGGGAGGGUGUAUCCAGGGACCCGCUCCCCAGGCACCUGGGUUGAGGGUGGGAGGCAGGAAGGAGGAUCAGCCUUUGGACGUCAGCUGUGGCCCGGUGUGACCCGUGCCUUAGGGUGAGCCCUAAUUUGGAAGUGGGGACCCUCUCUGGCCUCCCAGAGAUGGUGAGAGACAGGCUGAGAAUUUCCCGCCUUCCGCCUUCCUCUCACAAGGGCUUUAUUUUUUUUUUUUCCUCUUCCCCUCCUCAUUCCCUUAAUUGCAGAUGUUCUAAUUAAACCCUCAAAUAGUUGUUAUGCCGUUUUAAAAGGUACUUAUUCAAGUGUCAACCAGGCUGGGCUGGGAGGAGGCAGCGCAGGGCGGCGAAUUAAAGGUAGAUUGGCUAAUCACGGCGGCGAUCAUAAUAAUAAAAUCAGAGGGGGAAAAAUCACAUUACGACUUUUCGUGGAAAGGAGGGAGCAGGCAGCCAGCGGCCGCCAGCCCUGCGCCGCCGCCGCCGACACAAAGAGUGCGGGCGAUUCCGCGAGACUGAUUUAUGACGUUUUACAGCCCUAUAAAAGCUGUAGCGCCGAGGCGAGCGCUCCUACCACCGCUGGCAGAUUUAGUCUAAUAAAUAAAACAUAAACAGUUAACUUUAUGUGUCACUUUUAUUGUUAUCAAGUAAAAUAUAGCCGGGCCCCGGCAAGCUAUGAUUUUAAACUAUAAUUGUUAUCAAGUACAACAAGGGGACCAGGCUCCCUCCCUGGGCUCUCCCUUCUGCCGCCCCCCCCCCCCCAACUCUGUGUUAUGGGAUCAGUUCAUUGGAAUUGGUGGCAUGACACGGCCAUCCCUAUCUGGGGGGGGGGGCGGUGAAAAGCAACCCUUCUUGCCCCUCCCCUUCCCCCCCCCCCCGUGGCCCUGCCACCCCGGGCACAAAGGUGUUCCUGAGGGCUGGAGACACCCCCCCCCCUUAGGUGUACCCAGCCUCCCCCUUGGUGAGCUCAACCCCUCAGCUUUUGGAAGGCAGCCUGGAUAUGGCCUCUGGGAAUGUGUGUUUACAUGUAAACACAUGUGUUACAUGGAUACAAUCCCUGGCCCGGAGCAAGCUCUCUCCACGCAGGCCUGCCUCCCGCUCAGCGAGGUCUGCCCUCUGUGGGGACGGAGAAGGAAGAGCGCCCAGGGCCUUGGCGGGCACAGCCCAGGCGGGCGCUGCUCCUGGCAGGUCCCGCUGCUCCCUGCCCGGCUCCAGGAAGCAGCCUGGAGGCGGGGGUCAGGGAGCUGCAGGCCCAGCCGCAGGGGGAGUGGGACUGGCAGUGGGAGAGGUCCCAGGGUCCUGGGCUGGGGCAGGGAGGCUCAGUGGGUGCUCGGGAGGGCAAGGCUUCUGAACACUGCUUUUGCCAACCACUUCCUGUCUCUCUUCAGCGGGGCUCAACCCCCCAGACCUCCAGAAAUGACGUCAGAAUCAUUUGCAUCCCACUGCCUCUACCUGCCAGGUCCAGCUGGGAGCCUGCCUCGCCGGCCCCUGGGCCAGAGGGUCGGAGGGGCGCUGCCUGGUGACCUCCACGGACAGACAGGAUCACCAGGAAUGGAAGCCUUUGGAAGAGCCCAGGAGCCGAGGCCCAAGGGGCCCUUGGAAAGCUCUAGGGGAGACUCCAGGAGGGGGCCGAGUCACAGCCUCCCCCAGCCCCUCCAUGCCCAGGCUGGGGAGGAUCGCUGGGGGCUUCCCCUCCUCUUACAGGGGAGGGCUGUCAGCCUGUGGGGUGCGCACCGAGACACCCCAGCCUCUGCCAGCCAACCCCCCAUCACCACCACCACCACCACCCCAGCAGCAGCACCACCACCACCACACACACAAAAAAAUUGGAUACAUUUUGAAUAAAGCGAUUCGGUUCCUUAUCCGGGGACUGGGUUGCUCCGUGUGAUUGGCCGGCGGAGUCACAUGGUGAAAGUAACUUUACAGGGUCGCUAGCUAGUAGGAGGGCUUUAUGGAGCAGAAAAACGACAAAGCGAGAAAAAUUAUUUUCCACUCCAG